GAUUACAGAUCAGCCAUUCCUAAUCCCAUUAUGAACGACGCAGUUUACUGGCGAGUGAAAAAAAAAUCCUUUUCAGGUCAGUGUUGUGACACGGCAGGCCGCAGAAGGAAAAACAAAAUAAAUCCUUCAGAAGUAAAGACGAAAGCCAGAAAAAAAAAUAAAAUAAAAUGUACGGGGUGAAUUUACUGAACCCUGACUUCUCACAAGGAAUUUGCAACUCAGGAAAAUGGCACUUCCUCUUUCAGCGUGAGCUUCUCCCUGAGUCAGGCACUUCUACUUGUUAAAGAAGAGCCAUGCAGCACCUGCUUCUGAUCGCCGCCUGUGUGACUUCUGUACCGUUAAACUGCUGUCAAGUCACUCAAGAACCCAAACAAGUGGAAGCAGAAGAAGGAAGCAGCAUCACCUUAGGGUGCAUCUUAUUAAAUGAGACACCCCUGGGACCAGUCAGGUGGUACAAAGGGACUGGCAGUGGACGCCAACACUUCUUCUCUGCAGCCCCGAAAGAAAGUGAGAAGAAUGACCUCCGAGUGCGGUGGGCCGUAGAAAACCCAAUGGUCAACUACAGCAUCUCAGUGAGGGACGUCAGAGUCAACGACACCGGGAAGUAUUACUGUGAGAAGUUCAGCAAGGUACAGGUGGACAAGCCAUACGCAUCGGGAACAGGCGUCAACCUGGUUGUGAGAGGCAACCAGAAUGCGAGCACAGAAGAUGCCGAAGAUGAACUUUCGUUUAUCCCACACAUAUCUGUGGCCGUCUGCAUUUGUGUGAUUCUGGCUGGAGUCCUAAUCCAUUAUUGUUUCUUAAGAGCUCAGGGAAAGAACAUCUCCACUCGCUACAGACGGUAUUGUCUGAGGACACAGUCAGACAUCAACUUGAGUAAUCAGAACGAAGAGGAUGUCUCUUUAAACAUGACUGUCCCCAAGAAACGGAACCGCAAAUUCCAUGAGGGUGAGAGUGACACCAGCGUAAGCUUACAGCCAGCUAAAGAACACCAUCCCGAGAAGCUGGCCAGAGAGGAAAGCGAAAGACACCAUCUUCAGCAGCAGGGGCCGCACCAAGUGAGCUAUGCCUGUCUGGACCACCUGCGAUUGGAGCAGAGGAGGCGGGCGCAGUCAGCAGAGCCAACCUCACCAGGCAGCACAAGCACAGAAUACGCCGUUGUGAACGUUCGGAAGGGGGCGCCUAAGGUGCAGCAGUUUGAAUUGGUCUGUUAAGCAUAUUUAGUGUGAUGUCCACUGAGAGUGCAGCAAUCUCCUACUUGAAAUGUCACCAAGACAUGCAGGAAGGCACAGGACUGAUGCCAAAUCACAGUUACUACUACUGCACAUUUAAAGCCAGCAGCCACACCGCCUGCACUUCAGAACAGGUCACCCACCUGCAGCUAGGCAUGGUUGGGCCCGGCUAGUAUUUGAAUUGGAGACCAUCUAGGAGAAGGCUCGGCUUGCUGAUGGAAGAGGUGUUGGAGAGGACAACAGGGGGGCACCUACUCGGUGGUCUGAAUGUGGAUUCCAAUACCCCAGUGCCAUGACGGGGACACAGUGCUGUAAAUAUGGUGCCAUCCUACAGAUGUGACAUAAAACCAAAGACAUGACUCUCUGUGGUCAUAAAAGAUCCUUUGUAAAGAGUAGGGUCUGGCUAAAUUGCCCUCUAUGGCCUGGUCAUU